AUGGCGGAAUGUUAUAACUUAGCGAUUAACACCGGCAAAUUACCUAAGGAAAUGCUGGAAGCAAAUAUUACUCCUAUUCUAAAAAAUAACAAAAAUCCAGAAGAAAUAACGAAUUAUCGACCUAUUGCCUUAUUAAAUAAUGAUUAUAAAAUUUAUGCCUCAAUUAUUGCCAAUAGAAUUAAGAAUAUAAUUUCUUUCCUGAUUGCGGAGGAUCAGGUAGGCUUUAUACCAGGCAGGAUGUCCUCAAAUCAUAUCAGGAGGAUAUUAAAUAUAUUUACUAAAAUCCAUGAGAAUAAAACUCCUUUCUUAGUGAUGGCCUUAGAUGGAGAAAAGGCAUUUGACAGGGUCGGUUGGAAUUUUAUGAACUUAACACUAAAAGCUUUUGGAUUUGCUGGCCAGAUCCUAUCAGCGAUAAUGGCCUGUUAUUCCUCACCAUCUAGCAGGAUAGUAGGAGGGGGGAUUAAGUCAGAGUGGUUUACGCUAUCAAAUGGCACACGCCAAGGCUGCCCUCUUUCUCCACUACUAUACAUCCUAACGGCGGAACCUCUAGCAUAUGAAAUACACAACAAUACGGAUAUAACUGGGUUUAAAAAAGGGGGCAAGGAUUUUAAGAUAAGUCAAUAUGCCGAUGAUACCUUGAUAACGUUAACCAACCCCGGUAAGUCAGACCCAUCUGCCAUGCAGUCUGACCCUCCAUCAUCAAAUAAGUGGUACUUGGGUAACUGGUUGAAGAAGGGGAAUCCACACAAAGUGUCUCUUGCAUCUUCAUUAGAUACUAAUAUGGUAUCAUCCCAUGGAUACAGCAAGGAGAAUCAAGAGCAGGGCACUAGAGCAGGAAAUACAGAAUCAUGUGGUCCAAAGGAGUUUACCACUUCUUUUACCCCCACCCGAGACACCAAGAAUGCACAAAAAGGCUCUGAAAGCAGACGAGGCAGAAAGAAGUCUCCAUCUCAAUUUCAAAACACCACACUAAGGAGAGAUAUUUUGAAAAAUCAGUCCAGACAUUUUGCAAAGGAAUCUGUAGAGGCACCACGAGAUGGACUCAAAAUAGAGAAAAUUGCUACUACAGCAGAAAUUACUACAAAUAUGCCCCCUAACAGACCCAAUGCUUCUACAAAUGGCUCUCACAAACCCAACAUGAAGAAAGAACCCAAAUCCUCUCCCUGCCUUGCAGCAGAGAAUAAAAAGUCUAAGUCUUUACCUAAAUCCCUUCAGAAGUCCAGAGAGUUUGUAAAAACAUCUUUAGUCCAAACGUCUAAAAAUUCAGAGAGCAAUAGAACAUCUACUCUAAAACCCUCCAUUGAGCAGGAAGAUAUUUUUUAUCGCUCAUUAUUAACUCCUAUGAAGGGGCUUCUUUCACCCCUUAGUGACCCUGAGGAUCAGUUACCUCUUAUUGUAAAAAAGGACUCAAACCUGUUGUCCCAGAUUCCUGGAUGGCCGUACAAAAAUGCAGAGCAGCCCACGAUUGAAAAGAUUACACCUAAGCAGCACCCAAAAGAAACCCAGAAACAGACCGAGCAAAGCUUCAAUAAGGGGAAGCGGACGCACAAGAAUGAUGAAGAAUUAAAAGGUAAUGAUGCCAAGAAACAAAAAGUAGAAGAAAAGACCACAAACUACAAAGUGCCCAGUAAAGAGUUGUCAAAACCAAAUCCUGUAAAGGAAAGAGAGUUACUCCCUUCACCUGCAACCCCUGCUCUACAGAAAGAUUUCAAGUCGGAACAUGGGUCUCGUAAAAGAACCAUUAGCCAGUCUUCAUCUCAGAAAUCCAGCAGCAGUCUCAGCACAAAGGAUAGUGGCACCGAAAGUAAGUCUUCUGAUAAGCAAAGAAAAAGUAGCACUGAGGAGACAAAGGAUAAACCCUCAUGUAAUACAGCUUCUGUCGCUUUUGUGCCAGCAAUAGAUAAAAAAUUGUGGAGAGCAAAACUGACCUUCGAAGACAGAACCCAUUCGGCUGAUCACUAUCUACUGGAAGCGAAGAAAGUAAAGCACAAGGCUGAUGCGUUGUCAGACAGGUUCGAGAAAGCAGUACUCUACCUUGAUGCGGUGCUUUUUUUCAUUGAGUGCGGAAACGCUUUAGAGAAGAGUGUCGAAGAAUCAAAAUCUCCAUUUCGGAUGUAUGGUGAAACAUUAGAGUUAAUAAAGUACACCUUGAAAUUGGCAUGCCCUGCAGCCCCUGAUGCUACAUCAGCUGAUAAGAGACUUGCUGUUCUUUGUCUUUGCUGUCAAUCCCUUUUGUACUUGAGGUUAUUCAAACUGAAGAAGGAGAGUGCAUUGGUAGAUUCCAAGACAUUAACUGAACAGCUAAAGAUCUCUUACGGUAAUUCUCAAGCUCCAUCUCCUACCAGGGGAAGCAAAUCCAUGAGUAUGCCUUUCCCAGUGUCUCCGAAGCUGUCUCCCGGCAAUUCUAAUAGCUAUUCCUCCAAUGUGUCCAAUACUACUGGAGACACGUCAUUUGUGACUAUAUCACAGAAGAUUCACCAGAUGACAGCCAGCUAUGUCCAGGACACGUCCAACUUCCUUUAUGCCACUGAAAUUUGGGACCAAGCAGAACAACUCUGCACAGAGCAAAGUGAAUUUUUUUCUGAACUGGAUAAAGUUAUGGGCCCCCUGAACUUCCAUUCCAGCACCAUCCCAGAACUGGUAUGCUACACCCGUCAAGGCCUGCACUGGUUACGCCUUGAUGCCAAGUUGAAACAUUAA